GAUCGCGUUCAGAUCACUGGGGAGAAUAAUUCGAAGGUUAAUCGCGUUACACCCAGCGAUUAUGCGCUCCACGAAGAUGAAUUUUGUGAACAAUGACGGGGUGGAAGGCUCGUACAGGCUGUCUGUGAUAACUGGCAACGAGAAACCGCCUGAAAAUAGGACAACAGCUGCCAAGACCGAAGGAGAAGCUGAACGAGUCCAAUGGGGAAAUAAGGUGGAAUUUUUGAUGUCCUGUGUGGCGUUCUCGGUUGGCCUUGGAAAUGUGUGGAGGUUUCCUUAUACCGCUUACGAAAACGGAGGUGGUGCAUUCCUAGUUCCGUACAUCAUCGUUUUAUUCAUCAUUGGAAAGCCAAUUUACUAUAUGGAGAUGAUAUUAGGGCAAUUUAGUAGCAGAUCCUGCAUAGAAGUUUGGUCCGUCUCUCCAGCCUUUAGAGGAAUUGGUUACGGGCUGACAAUCUCCGUUUUCUUAGUGGUCACGUAUUAUUGCUCUCUGAUGGCACUGACUAUGUAUUAUUUAUUAGCCAGCUUUCAAUCGGUGCUUCCGUGGGCUUUUUGCUGGGAAGAAUGGGGCGACGGUUGUUUCAACAGCAGCUCGAGCCACAAGGAAGUGACGAACGUCACCAAAAGCAGCUCUGCUGACUUCUACUUCCGAAAAGUGGUCCUGAACGAAGUAGGAAUUCAAGAAGGACUAGGUGAACCAUCGUGGAAGCUAGUCCUCUCUCUCUUCGUCAGCUGGUUGUUCGUUUUCAUAGUUGUCAGAAACGGUGUGAAAAGCAGCGGGAAAGCUGCUUACUUUCUCGCUCUGUUCCCAUACGUGAUCAUGAUUGCUCUGUUGGUGAGGGCAGUCACUCUCGAAGGAGCCGUCGACGGUAUAAUAUUCUUAUUCAAACCGACCUGGGAGAAGAUCUUCGAUCCUUCGGUAUGGUACGCAGCCGUGACACAAUCUUUCUUCUCUCUUGGGGUUUGUUUCGGCGGUGUUAUCAUGUACUCGUCUUACAACAGAUUCGACCAUAACGUGCUCAGAGACUGCACACUGGUGACAACCUUGGAUUUAGGCACGAGCCUGCUGGCAGGAACGACGAUAUUCGGAAUUCUUGGCAAUCUGGCCCACGAAUCAGGCAAAAGUGACAUCAGCACGGUGGUUCGCGCUGGUACAGGACUCGCGUUUAUCUCUUAUCCGGAAGCUCUGGCGAAAUUCACCGUGGUUCCACAACUCUUCUCCGUACUCUUCUUCCUCAUGCUGUUUAUCCUUGGAAUUGGUACCACCGUCGCCUUCACCGCAGUCAUCCACAGUAUUAUCAAAGAUAAAUUUCCCGAAGUUCGAAACUGGAAGAUCGCCGCUGCAGUUUCUUGCGCUGGUUUCUUAGUUGGAAUUGUUUACUGUACCAGAGGAGGGCAGUAUAUCUUGAAUCUGGUCGACUAUUUCGGUGGAACGUUUAUCAUAGUGUUUCUGGCUUCCUUCGAAGUGAUUGCAAUUGCCUGGGUAUACGGCAUAGAUAAUUUUCUAGACGACACCGAAUUCAUGCUCGGCGCAAGACCUUCACUCUACUGGAGACUCUGCUGGUGUUUCUUGACUCCGUUAUCUCUCUUCUCGAUUCUGAUUUAUUUUCUGUCAGAUCUGACGCCCAUCACGUACAACGGCGAAUAUUAUCCAACUUCCGCUUACGUUGCUGGAUGGUUACUCUUGGUAUUGGGAGUUAUUCAACUUCCUGUUUGGAUGAUCGUAGGCAGACUCCAACAGAACAAAGGCAAAUCUUGCUUGGAGACGCUUCAACCGCGUUCCGAUUGGGGACCAAAGGAUCCGGUGAAAUACAAAGAAUGGAGAGACUUCAAGGACUCGAAGAGAAUGGCGAGGAUGAAUCUGAGUAAGAAAAGAUCGAGGAUCAUGACGAUAUUGAUCGGAGAGGAUUGAAAGGGAAUUAACGGUGAUUGAAAGAAA